AUGGGUUCAAAUGUUCCAGAAGAUCGGCUGACGGAGCAGCUAUUCCUGGAUUAUUCAAUCCGUGAUAUCCAACAAGGUCGUUUCGGAUCGGCAAAUGACCCUUGGGCUCCUUUAUAUGUCGAUGCCAUACGCGAUGGGAGGUAUGGUGAUGCUGUGUGGGCACGAUAUCACAUCGGCGCAGAUGUGGAAAAUGACAUCGUUGAUGACUCCAGUAAUAUGACAGUACUUGAGGUAAUUAGGGAGGAUGCCCUAUCAUACAGAGUUUCUUCACCGGAAGAAUACUUCAAGGCUGUGUCCUUCUAUCUCGGCACUAGCAAGAACGAUGGGCAUCCAGAUGUCCUGGAUAUCAUUUGCAAUCUUGAUGAAAGGGAAAUCGCUGAGAUGGAGGCCAAGAAAAAGAAGGAGAAUCAAGUUGAUGUUUAG